AUGUCUGCCAUCACACUUAAUUGUCUGUUCGAAGAUGACACCCCGGCUGAGGACAACCUCUUCAUAGUUGAUUUAAAUGCAAAUGACAGUGUUUAUGGACUCAAAAAAAGGAUCAAACAGGAAGUGCCAAAUCGUCUCCAGGAUGUUGAUGCAGGCGCAUUGGUGCUCUGGAGAAUCAGUGUUCCAGCAACAAAUGAUGCCCAUCUUCAGGCUCUUGCACUUAAUAAUAAUGAUCGAAUGCGGCAAUUAACAAUGAUUAGAUCAUUGUGGCCUACUCAACCAGACAAUGCUAACAUUCAUGUUAUUGUUAGAGUUCCACCAACCGCUAGUUUAUUAACUGAACAAGAAUUUGUUGAUUAUGUUGAGCAAUUGCCGCCCACAGUUAUGUACACUGAUGAACCAAGAAGCAGCGGCUCAACUAUACUUCAACGUCCACGAGUACCAUCCAAAGUUAGCAAAUGGACAGGAUUUCGUGAGCAAGCUAUUUCACAUCCUUUCGAGAAUACUAGGAAGUUGUAUGCUAAACCACGGUAUAAAUCUCAACCAGUGGUAACUUCUGAAAGUCGAUUGCAUUCGAUACUUGACCAUACCAUUUUUCAACAAUUAAAUGUUCUUGGUCAUUCACGCAAUCCAAAGGAAGGUUUUGAUGGCAUCUAUAGAAGUAUUACCCAGUUUGACCCAGAUUUUGGUUGCUAUUGCUUUUCAAAUGAUGAUACUCCAGAAGUUUUUCUUAUGCCAAUUGAAGUCAAAACAAAAUGGGCACUGAGUGAAGAUACACAUUUGGCAACUAGCUAUGGACAGGGAUGUUAUGUCAAUAUUAUUCAGCAGGUCUAUACUUAUAUGAUGGGGAAUAACUGUGAAUAUGGAAUAUUAACAACAUAUGAACAAACUUGGUUUCUAUGCUCACCUCAGAAUACACGUAAUCUUCUUAUCUCUGAGGCCUUUUCAAGGAAUGCUACUGAUCCAACAGUUUUGAGAGGAUAUGCCUUUAUCCAGCAUCUUGCACAUACAAAUUAUCAACACAACCAGCUUUUGCAAAAACGUCAAUCAAGAUCAUCAACUAUUACCACCAUGCCACCACCUUUGCCUUCAUCCAGGCCAAAGCGACAAAGUGAUACACAAUCAACAGGAGGUUCAGCGAAAAAGCAAUCAACAUACAACUUACGAAGCUCUCAAAGUCGAAGUGGUACUACUUAUACUCAACAAAAACAUUCUGACAAAGACUACCCUAUGGAAAUUGAAUUUGAGGAGAUGGAAGAUCUUAACCUUUGUGAAUAUGUUGGCAGUGGACAUUCAGGAGUUGUCCAUAAGGGAUAUUUUCAAGAAAUUGAAGUUGCCUGGAAAAUGUGUGAUGUAUCAAAACACCCUAAGACUUGGGCAGAACUUUUAAAUGAGAUAGCAGCCUAUCAUACAAUGCAAGACAUUCAAGGAGUAUAUAUUCCGAGACUCAUUGCAUAUGGAAAAGUUUGUGGGCUGCUUUAUGUUCUUGGAACAACAUUCAUUGUCGGCCAUCAUCCAGUCAGUCCAUCAAGAGAAGAGAAAGAAUUGGCUGUGGCAGCUUUAAAGGCAGUGCACAAACAUGGUAUCCUACAUAAUGACAUUCGCAAGCAAAAUAUUUUGAUAUCAUGGAACGAUCAAAAGAAACAAUGUUUCUUGGUAGAUUUCGGAUUUGCAACUCGAUCAACAAAUAUAAAAGCUAUGAAACAAGAAUUACAGUUGCUUUGGCAUGUUUUGUCAACUUAG